UAAUAUAUAGCCUGGCUCCAAAUUUGCUUCUGUAACCACAAGUAUUGCGAGCUUCAUUUGAGUGGUGCUGAACACUGUGGGUGACUGUUUGUUUUAAUACACUUUAUGGUCUGGAGGUAUAAGGAACUGUGUGAUUGGUCUAACAGGUAUUCACACUUUAAACUCCACCCCCCUGCAGCCAGGUGUUUGGAAUGAGAAACACCCGUCGAUAAUCAGGGCAGUCCUGUGUGAUGUGACUUCAUUUCCAGAACCAGGGGCAGGUCGUCACUGUUGAAUGUGGCCCUCAGAGCUCCUGUCUCUCCGUUCUCUCCUGUUCCAGCGCUUUGGUCUUGCUCUGAACUCUGUCCUAUGUAACCUGUACCGCAGCGGCCAUGACAGUAUUGCCUGGCAUAGUGAUGAUGAGGCGUCGUUAGGAGAGCAGCCCACUAUCGCCUCCAUCAGUCUAGGAGACACACGCAGCUUUAGUCUGAGAAAAAAGCCUGCUCCAGAGGAGAAUGGAGACUUCACGUACAGUACACACAUUAAAGUUCCUCUGAGCCAUGGGACUCUGCUCAUUAUGGAGGGGGCCACUCAGGAUGACUGGCAGCACCAAGUGGCCAAAGAGUACCAUGAUCGAGGGCCUAGAAUCAACCUCACAUUUAGGACCAUCUACCAGGAGCCACAGGGCCUCAGAGCAGGAGCCAAAGUCAGGAAUCCAAACCACAACAUCCACUAGACGGCACUACAUCUCCCCUACAGUCAGAGGGCCUUACACCUGGAACUAAAGUCAGGAAUCUAACCCCCAACCUUCAUUAGACAGCACAACGGUGAACGUGCCAUCAGAGAAUAUUCUGUCAAAACAAAUAGAACCUGGGGAUCUGGGAUAAGAAGUGUCUUGCUCAAAGACUUAAUGCAAGUCAAAAAGGGAAUCUUAUCCAGAACCUCGAUUAGACACCACUACAGACUGCAGCAAUCAGAGGGCCUCACACCUGGUGAUAAAGUCAAGAAUCUAACCCACAACCUUUACUGGACAGCACUACACCAGCCCAUAGACUGUUGUCAACGUGCCAUCGCAGAAUAUGUCUAAACAAAUUUGGCCUGAAAAUCUGGUGUGAGAAGUGUCUUGUUUAAAGACAACAGUGUUAAGCAGGUCAGAAAGGGAACUGACCACUAACUUUCAAAGAAUAAAGGAUUUAUUUUAAUGGUGGAAA